AUGCUGAAUAGCGGAUCUGGACAGCCGAUACCUCCCCAGCUGCAACAACAGCAGCAGCAGCAGUCGCAACAACAGUCGCAGCCACAGCUCCAGCAGCAGCACCAGCAGCCGGGGCAGAGCAACGAUGGAGGGGCAUCCGCCGCAAACAAUGCCGUCCUUCAGAAUCCGAUGCAGAUGCUGCAGGUCAUCACGCAGCAAAUCGGAGUCGUUCAGAGGCAGUAUCAAGGGCUGCAGUCGCAAGAGGAUAGCCCGGCCAAGAACGAGACGAUACAGGGCAUGGCGAUGCAAAUGAAGCGACUCAAGUACAUGCAGGCGCAAGCGAUCCAGGCCCUUCAGAAGCAACAACCCGGCCUCAACCUUCAGUCUUUGUUGGCCCAGCUGCAGGGCCAGGCGCAAGGCCAGGGCCAGGCUCAAGGCCAACCACAAAGUCAGGGUCAAGGUCAGGGGCAGACGAAUGCGCCGGCGACUGCUCCGCAAGGAAACCAAGGCCAGGGCCAGAGCUCUGUUGCGGGCCCUAGCAAUAGCGUUCCUGCUGCGGCUUCUUCACCGUUUGCUCAAGGGCAGCUGCCCAAUGGCCCAAACAUCGACUCCACCAACCCUGCACACAAGGCACAGCUGGCAGCUUUGCAGGCAUUCGCCCAACAGCAACGUAUGCAAGCAUUGCAGCAACAUCAGCAGCAAGGUCAAGGUCAGGGUCAGGGCCAGAGCCAGAGCCCGCGGGGCGCACAGCCCGCUGGACAACAGGGCGGACAGCAGAAUGGCCAACAGGGAGCCCAGCAGUGGGGCCAGCAAAGUCACGGACAAAAUCAGGCCUCAGGCCAGCAAGGUCAGCAGCAGCAGGGACAGCCCUUUACGAACGGUCCUAUUCCCCAGCAGGGUCAAGACCAGCAGCAGCAGCAGCAGCCCCAGCAACAGCCCCAGCAACAGCAACAGCAACAGCAGCAUCAAGCAGGCGUUCCAGGGAAAUCCGAUCUCGUGGCAGCUGUGCGGACAUUCAUGGCAUCGAGGGGCACCCCACUGCCUCCUGACAUGUCGACGACGUUCACAGGCCCCGCGGCUAACGGCGCAGUUGGAGAGGUGCGGACGGUGGACAUGGGCGCCAUCUUCGGGAUGGUCCUCUCCUUCCAGGGCUCCGCUCGUGUUUCGCAGCAACCAUCAGGUUGGGCCAUUGUAGCAGCGCGGCUUGGAUUCGCAGUCGCACCGAUCCCGCCCAACCACCAGCCGGGGGUCAAUGAGACAAAUCCAAACGGCGUCCCGCUCCCACCUUUCGUCGCCCCUAUGCUGGCCAAUUUCUACCGCGAGAGAUUUGCUAGCUUCGAAGAGGUUUGGCUGGCUAAGAUGAAAAGCGCUGGAGGGAUGGCCGCCGCCAAUGCCUUUCUUGCGAGUCAAGGCCAGGGUGUUCAGCAACAGAUGCAGCAGCAGCAGCAACAACAACAACAACAACAACAGCAGCAGCAGCAGCAGCAAAGCCAACAACAGCCGCAGCCGCAGCAGCAACAGCAACAGCAACAGCAGCCACAGUCUCAGCAGCAACAGCAGCAAGCUGUUCCGCAGUCCCAGUCCCAACAGUCACAGCCACAGACUCCGCAAAGACCGACGUCUCAGCACGGCGCUCCUCAAGCGGCGCCGAAUGGAGUGCCUGGGGGGUUACCUCAGCAACAACAACAGCAGCAGCAGCAGCAACAGCAGACAAUGGGCAUGCAACAGCAAGCUGGGCCCUCGAGUGCCUCGGCAAUUGUGGCCUCAGCCCAAGAAGCGGCUCGGAAAGCGUCGCAGAUGCAGAACGCAUUGCCCCAUCAGAUGAAUCAACUUCAUGAGCUCAUCAAGCAAGGCAAGAUCACGCAGGAACAAGCGAAAGAUCGUUAUUUAUACCUUCAGAAUGCCGCCAAGAUGGCCAUGAUACAAGCUCAAGCCCAAGCUCAGCACGCAGCUCAAGUCUCUGCUCAGUCGGGUCAGCCGCAGGGUGGGCAAGGGCAGGCAAUGGGGCCUCCCCAGGUGCAGCCGCCUUCAACACCCCUGCAAGCGCCGGCAGGCACUCCAACGCCUACGCCUCAGGCCUCGACGCCAACUGAGACAAAGAGGCCAACUAAACGGCAGAGAAAGUCAACUGCCAACUCGACGCAGAAUAAGGCUGCCGCUGCUGCUGUUGCUGCGAACGAGCCGCAAACGCCAGUGACUCCACAUUCAAUUCCUCUUCAGCCACAGCAACAGCAGCAACAGCAGCAGCAGCAAAGUCAGCUUCAGCAGCAGCGAGGGCCUCCGCCACAAAGUCCCAUUGCCGCGCAGGUCUUUGCGCAGGCGCAGCAGGCCGUGAGGAUGCUACACAGUGGAACCUUGCCCCCAGCUCAGCAUGCAGCUGCAUUCACUGCAAUUCGCCAAGCCCACGUACAAAAUCAGCCUCCUGGCUCGAUCCCGCUGGCACUACAAGAUGCGAAUUUGGUGGGACAGAUGCAAGCUCAGGUCUUUGCUCAGGUACAAGCCCAGGCUCAGGCAGCCGGCCAACCAGCGGUCGUUGCUGCGCAACUCGCAUUUGCGGCUGCCCAACAGCAGUUGCAACAGCGACAUCAACAACAGCAGCAACAACAACAGCAACAACAGCAGCAACAACAGCAGCAACAGCAGCAACAGCAGCAGCAGGGUUCGCAGCAGCCACCAACGCCGUCUUCGCUUCCAUUCAAUGCGCCAAGCCUUCAGCAGAUGCAGAAUCAGCAGAAUCAGCAACAACAACAACAGCAGCAGCAGCAGCAACAACAACAACAACAACAGCAGCAGUCGCAGCCGCAGCAACAACAGCAGCGUGCAGGCGAGGAGCGUGAUGCCGGACAGUCGUCACCAUUCGUCCAACCAGCGGUCGGAGAGCUCACUCAGCAUCUACAGGCAUCGGCUCCUCCACUGGCACCCGCUGCUCCUCCUGCCAAGCCAAGCAAGUACAAGAUCGAGUAUAUGCCGAUCCGCAGAGACCUGCGCUCGCAUGGCGGCUGGGACCUUGACAAUGUCGAUGGGCAGCUGGGACCGCUUUUGGCUGGCCGCAACCGCUUCCCGAGAAGCGUCCGCGAGCUGGGCUCUGUCGACAUUGAAAGCAUGACAAUGAGUCUGCGUAGCCGGCUCGAUGUUGAAGUGUCGUAUGCUCUCAACGCACUCCUCAUCCUCACGGCCGGCGUGCAGGCGCCGACAUUCCAGCUCCUCAUCAGCCUGUGCGAGGACCUUUUCGAUGAGCUGCUUGAUCUGCUGGAGGAGGCGGCGUUCGGUCACUUGGUGGAGCAGGAGACACUCAACGAUGGCCUUCUCGAUGACGACGACCCUGUCCAUGGAGCAGGUCCAAAUGGUUCGGCUGCAUUGGCACUCAAUGGGAGUAUGGAUGAUGGAGACGAGGAUGCGAUGACCCAUCUCGACUGGAUCACAUCAGCGCUCGAAGAUGAGAACGAAGCGCGAAUGUGGCGCAGGGACACGAGGAAGAAGACCAGUCUGUUCAAUCGCUUUCGAUCAGAGAGCGAAGACGGAGAAGACGCGUUGCAAGGUCACGACGAAGUUGAAGUCGUGGAAGGCUAUUGGACUCAGAUGAAGCGAGAGCGCGAGACAGUUCGAUGCGCACAAGUAGCCCUCUGCGUCAUCGACAUUCUGCGCAACCUCUCGACAAUGGCCGACAACAAUCACUUUCUCAACAGCGAGACGCGAUUCUUCCACCUCUUGAUGAGGAUCAUUGGCGCGCUCGAUACCGAGGAGAGAAGGAGAAGGAUGAAGAGGCAGACACUUGCUAGACAGGCCGAAGCAUUUACCGAUGACGAGAUGGGGACGGGGACGGAUGAUGAGGAAGCACAAGAAUCGACCGUCUUUACGCCGGCGGAAGCAUUGCGGAUACGAAAGGAUGUCUUGUCCAUUACGGCUUGUCUGGCCGGGGACAGGACCGACCUUGCCAAUUUCAGUCGGCCGGACGUCGUGUCCUUGUUCGAUCUCAUGGUUUCUUUCAUUGCCUCGGCAAACGAAAUUGAAGCUGAGCAAGGCACUGUAUACGGUGAGGUGCCGCUUCCCGGCCCACCACCCUCCGCAGCCACGUCGAAUGGACAGCCUAGGACAUCAACGCUCCAGCCCGUCAUGCGAAAGGUACCGCACCACGCAGAUACUGCCCUGGAAGCAUUCUCGAGGCUGGCGCAACCGGACAAGAAUCGAGCAACCCUCGGCCGAUGGAUUCCAAAGGGCAAGCUGCUGCACCUCGGUCAGCUGCUUAUCCGAUGCCUGCCCGUGUCGGACGUUGAUUUCAACAUGCUCAAGACCGAGGCACGGCUGGGCUACUGCGAACGAAUCGCCCUGUGCCUCUUCUCGCUCGUGUACGCCUGUCCUCCUUCGAUUAAGCGGUCACUCAAGAGAGCGCCGGGCAACAUCUCAGUUCUUUUCAGGAUGGUCAAACGCCUGAUGAAGGUUCACGUCGAUUUUUCCAAAAACCCCUUUGGCGUGGUCACAAGAAGGCUCGUCGAGACGAUGAGGCUCCUAGGCGAGGAAAGGGACCUUUUCGAAAGACCUGCGCUGCUCGGCAUGGGCAUGACGGAUCUUGCAGGGUCAAAGAAGGCGUCUGCUUCGACUAAGAGCACCUCAGCCUCUCUCUCUUCGCUCACAACAUCUCACGAAAGCAAAGCAUCUGCGCCGUCGAGCAGCAACAGGUCUCUGACCGGCGCAGGCAGCGGCGGUGGUCUCUUAAGCAACGAAGAGGCCGCCGUUGUGGAGCUAAUGGGAAUCCAGAAUCUGGAGCCGAGCCUCAUUUCCGAAUUGGAGCAUCUCCUUUGA